AUCAUUGUUUUAUACCAAUGAUCGAUCACCAUUGGUUACCAAAACGGAAGCUUUGAAGACGUUAAUAAGUUUGCUUGGGGAACAAUGGCUUGGUGGAAUGAUUAACGUUAAAAGUUGGACGAAUGAAUGGUUAUUGCAAGGAUCGUUACUAUAUUUUCAACAUUUGCUUAUUGAUGAGAUAGAUUCGUCAUUGGAAUUUGCUCAUUCGUUCGUAGCCGAUAUUCAAACGAAAGAGAUGGAAUUUGAUGGUUAUAGUUCGUCAAGGCCAUUUACAAUCAAAAUUAAUCCACUUCGCAUGAUCUCAAUUAAGGAACGUAAUAGGAGAGGAGCAUGUCUGAUUCGCAUGUUGCAUGGUGCAAUAAACAAUGAUACUGCCUUUAGGAUCAUCUACAAGAACUUCUUAACAAGGUGCCAAAAUGAAAGUAUAGAUGCGACAGAAUUUUGGAAUUUUAUGAACGAACAAACGAGAUACUUUUCGACAAAAUUAUUAUUCCAAAAUAUGAUUGACAGUUGGAUUACUCAAGGUGGUUAUCCUCUCGUAAAUGUUUCGAGGAAUUAUGCAGAAAAAACUGCCAUCGUCAGACAGAAAAAAUUCACUUACGAUGAACCAACGAAGGAAAGAAAUGAUUUAUGGGAUAUACCAUUAACUUAUGUUGAAGUUAAUGACGAUUGGUCUAAUCCUAAAAAAAUGUGGUUACUCAAACACGAUAAAGAACAAAUUAUUCGAAACAUUAGUAUGAUAAAGGAUAAACAAAAUGAAAUUAAUUGGAUUUUAGUAAACGUCAACAAAACUGGUUACUACCGCGUGAAUUACGAUGAAAAAAAUUGGGAACUAUUGGCAAAGGGUUUGGAAAAAAAUCCCGAAGAUUUUCCAACGGAGACAAGGGCGUCCCUCGUUGAUGACGUAUUUGCGUUGGCAGCAGUUGGCUUUUCGAAAUACGAGACGGCUUUUGGGUUUAUUAAAUAUAUGCAAAUGAAGGAGAGACAUUACGGAACGUGGAACGUUUUAACUCGUCACGUCUUUAAAUUAAAUAACAUUCUUUACGAGAGCUCCGUUUUAAUAGAUUUUCAGGAAUUUAUGCAAAAAUUUAUCACACCGUUGUACAACGAGGUAGGAAAUAAUAUUUUGGAAGGAUCACCAUUGACAUUGGUUGCCAUUAAAUUGGCAUGCAUUUCGGAAUAUUUUAAAUGCAUCGAUUGGGCUAAACAAUGUUUUAUUCAAUUGAAGACGAAUCCUAAUUUCAAACACACAAUUCCUAUGUAUAUUCGUCGAACGUUAUAUUGUACCAUAGCAAAGCAUGGUGGUCUGGAAGAAUGGAAUUAUAUUUAUCAGAAAGCAAAAAGUAGUAUGAAAACAGAAGAAAAAUAUAAUUUAUUAUCUUCAUUCGGUUGUUUUCAAAUGCCAGGAAUCCUGCAAUCCAUCAUCGAUGAGAUUCUUCAGGAUGAUAUAUACAAUACUGAUGAAAUAUGUAUGAUAUUAAAAUCAUUUUCAAUGAAUCCAAUUGCAUCUAAAAUAACAUAUAAAUUUAUUAUUAAUAAUUGGAAGAAUAUUACCGAUAGGUAUUAUGAUAAUUAUAAGGUAAUGAAAUCAUUUAUCAUAGCAAUGAAAAAUGCUAUUACCAACGGACAGGAUUUGAUGGACCUUCAUACUUUUUGGGAAAACAAUUAUGAAUCCAUUAAGACUGUUAAAUAUGCUGCCGCAUUGGUAGAAUCUAAAUCGAAUUUUGCAAUAUCGUUGAUUAACAAUUAUUCCGACGAUAUAAAAAAAUGGUUGAAGAAUCAUAACAAUGAUUCCGGUGUUUAAUCGUAAGUUAUUAAAGUUGACAAAGUAGAAAAACAACAACAAAAAAAAAGUAAUAUAAUAAAUAAUAUAUUUGUGAGACGAA